AUGACGACUUUAAUUCAAAACCCACGAUUGCGUCUGCUCAAUGCUCUUCGAGCCAACUCAAAGCCUAUCAUGACAUUUUUGGGGCUUCCGUCUUUUCGCACAGCCCAAAUUGUAGCCCAAACUGGAGUCGAUGGCAUCAUCAUUGAUUGCGAGCAUGGCCAUAUCAGUGACGACUCCAUGCAUAGUUCUACUGCUGCUAUCGCUGCCCUUGGAGUGUCACCACUCGUCCGUCUCAGGAUGACUCACGCGGACUUGAUUAAAAGAGCUUUGGACGCUGGAGCACACGGAAUCGUUGUCCCCCAAAUAAAUACCGCCGAAGAGGCGAUUACCGUUGUGAGCAACUCAAAAUUCCCGCCACAAGGGCUUCGAGGCCAAGGCUCAGCGUUUCCAGCCAUCACUCAUGGCAUCGAUAUCCCAACGUACCUAAAAACGGCUAAUGAAACACUCAUCACUUGUAUUCAAAUUGAAUCAAAAAGGGGGGUCGAGAACGUAGACGCUAUUUGUGCUGUACCAGGAGUCGAUAUGGUUUUUAUUGGACCAAAUGACCUGGCUCUGUCAAUCCUUGGAUAUGUGCCUGCCAAAGGCGAUGAGCCAGAGUUCGUCGAUGCUAUCGAAAAGAUUGUGUCGGCGGCGCGAAAACAGGGCAAAUGGGUUGGUCGACUAUCGAAUGACGGAGCGUCGAGCAGGGAGCAUUUGAAAGUAUUCGAUACCGUAGCAUUGAGUUAUGAUAUACGGGCUAUUCAAAACUGGUAUACGGCUGAGCUUUUGACUGCACGUUCCUGA